AUGAAAGCGUGGAAACUGUGGGACGAAGGAAAUACGGGAGAGCCCGACAACCAAGCUAAUAGGCCCAACACUAGUGGGUAAGGAAACAUAUAUGGGACAGAAACAGCAGAACAGACAAAUAGAGAGCUGUAGCGAGAUAAUAACUGAGUGCUGUUAUAGGAUACGAUGUAACCAAUGUUUACUCGCAAAGGUGGUUGUACACCUAAAUGUAAAAUGUCUGAUAUGGAACCCACCCCCCACCCCCCCACCCCCGCUUCUAUUCUGUAUCCCCCCCCCACCCCUACACCAGUUUCAUGUGAUAUGUAUGUUUAUGACAUUGAAUGUCAAAAUCAAUAAAAGACUUCAAAUGGAAAAAUAAUUUAAUUUCUUGAAUAUAAAAUACCCUAAAACUCCUGUGUUCUAUUUCCUCCCGAAAGUUCAUAAAGACACAAAGAACCCUCCAGGUAGACCUAUAGUAGCGGGAAUAGAUUCCAUAUCAAGCAAACUAUCCCACUACGUGGACAUCCAUCUCCAACCUUUAGUCAAAAAUACUACCUCUUAUAUUAAAGACACAAUCAUGGUUUUAAAUCUUUUAAAAAGUUGUACUUAGAACCCUUAUUGCUUUUUAGUCACUAGCGACGUUUCAGCUCUGUAUAGUAAUAUUCCGCAUGACUAUGGAUGUAAUGCAGCUAAAUUCUUUUUAAAUAAUUUUUCUAAACUACCUUGUAUGAAGGUUGAGUACCUCUUAGAGGCUAUAGAAUUAAUUCUUAGGAAUAAUUAUUUUUGGUACAAUGAAGAGUUCUACCUCCAAAUCAAUGGGACGGCCAUGGGGACCAAGUUUGCCCCCAGCUAUGCUAAUUUAUUCAUGGCUUAUUGGGAAGAUACUUAUAUUUAUGGCCCACAUGGCUGGGGGAAAAGCUUGGUUACCUAUGGCUGUUACAUUGAUGAUAUCUUCUUCAUCUGGGAGGGAGAGGAGGAAGACCUAAUCCAAUUUUUAAAUCACCUCAACACCAACAUAUGGGGGAUUAAACUUACCAGCAAUUAGAGCAAAGUGGAAGUAAUAUUUUUAGACCUACUAAUAUAUAUAGAGGAAAAUAUGAUCAAAACGAAAAAUUAUUUUAAACCUGUUGAGGCUAACAGCUAUAUCGAAAGAGAAAGCUGCCACUUUUCUCCUUGGUUGGAGAAUGCCCCUAGAGGGCAAUUCCUCAGAAUACACCGUAAUUGCACUGAUCUUAAGAUGUUCGAUAUGCAAUCAGAUAGAAUCAAACAAGAUUUUAUAGAGAAAGGUUAUGAUGAACAUGAACUGGAAAAAGCUAGAAAAGAAGUUAAAGAAAUAGAAAGAAAUAGCCUUUUAAAAUAUAAAGAAAAGAAAGAGAAAGGUUUUAAAGAAGUUCCAUUAAUUUGUAAUUUUAGUACGGAAAAUCACAAGGUGAGGAAAAUAGUUUCAAGAUUUUGGCCUAUUCUUCUUCAGGAUCCAGUAGUGAAAACCUUCCUUCCAGAGAAACCUCAUUUUGUACAUAGGGGGGUCAGCAACCUCCGUACUGCUCUUACGUCUAGUUUCAUAAAAGAAAAGAAAAAUGCUAACCCAUUUAAUACAGAGAAAGGUUUUUAUGGCUGUGGCCAAUGUUUGGCAUGUAGGAGAACUACUAAUAAGAAAAGACAUAUAACAACAUAUGCAAACAAAGAGGGAAUAGAAUAUCAAAUUAAAGACUUUAUUACGUGCUAUUCUAAGAAUCUUAUUUAUUUAAUUAUAUGCCCUUGUGGCCUAAAGUAUAUAGGGAAAACCACAAGACAACUUCAUACGAGAAUAGAAGAGCAUGGACGGAACAUCACAAAGGGUUUUGAAAAACAUAGUGUAUCCUUACAUUAUAAAAAUUAUCAUAAUUGUGAAACUAAAGAUACCAUCUUUUUAGGGAUAAAAAAGUGGGAAAAGAUUGGAGAGGAGGCAAUUUUGAUGUAAAAAUGAGUAAAUGUGAAAUGGAGUGGAUUUUUUAACUAGACACUCUGAUUCCUAAUGGAUAAAAUGCAGAUUUCGAAAUGUGUCAUUUUUUGAAAUAGGUUGUUUUAGGUCUUCAGUCUCUUUAUAGUUUUAUUUUUAUACUUUUUCUAGUGGAUUUUUAUAUUUUCUCCCAGUGGAUUUUUAUUCCCUGUGUAUAUAUAAAUUUUCAUAUAUUUUUUACUGUAUAUGGUUUUACCUAUUCUUAGGGGUUAUUUUUUGCAUAAGUGUUUUUAUUUUUCUUGUUUUAAUAUGUGAUAAGGAUAAGGUUUAUUAUUUUAAUCGAUCUUAAGUGGAAAAUAUGUAUAAAGUUACUAUUUUUUAAUUGCCUUAAUAGCAAAGAGCAAAUAAGGCUAUACACUUGUAUUACAUGAAAGAUAUAUAUACAUAUGAUUCUUUUACUGAAAUUACACACAGGUGAAAAGAAAUAAUCAAAAAAGUUUUGGUGAAGACUUGUAGAAUUUAAUGAAUAUGUAUAAAUGUUUUGUUCUCCUCCUUUCUGCCUGCGAUGAUGCCGGCGUAAUAUAACAAAGGAAAGUUGAACCGCAAGCCGGAACGCAGCUGGAACGCAAGCUGGAACGCACGGAUAUGACGCGACGGCUUGCGAUCGAAAAAACCGGAAGUGGCGAACCGACAGCGGAACCCAGAAAUGGAGAAGGAAAGAGGCUAGACACGCUGGGCGUCACCAUUUCCAUGGUGAUAGCCUGCGAAAAUUCAAGCCGAAAAGCAAGCAUCUUCACCCCAGGAGGGGUACAUAUAGCAGGAACCAGCACAAGAAGGUAA